CGCGGACUAUUCUCACAGCAUCGGCCGUUGGACCUAUAAGUCACUCACGCACGAAUAGGUCCGCACGCGUGUACACGCGUUUACAUACGUCGGGCGGAAAGUAAAAAAAAAACGUGCGUGACAACCACACAUUCGCGGUAUAUACUAUCAAAAAAUAUAUAUUUUCGUCUAACAAUAUAUAUAUCAAUCUUUCAUCUCUAAGGGCCCUCGUGGGUGCCAUUUGCGGGAGUGCAUGUAGCACAAUUGUAGAACAUUUGUGUUUCAACUUCCGCGAAAAAAAAGGAGAAAAGGGUUCUGCGAGAGCGAGAAAGGUGCGCAAGUGCAUAUCGGUAAUUGUCUCGAAAGACCCUUUUGCGCGUUAAUUCGGAAAUAAUUCAUUUUGUGAUCGGAAUCUAUCUAUCCGGUGGUGUCCGUCCGGAUUGACGGCGGCGAUAAAGCAAAGUGUUGAAAUAAACGAAUAGUCGAAUGAAACGAAUCUCGAAUGGUUCGUUUGACGGGUAGCUCGGUUUGAUGCAAACGUCGCUGAAUCACUCAGGGAUCGGUGAUUUCGGUGACGAAGAUAGUCAAAUAAACGAGGAAGUGGUGAAGUGCACAGUGUCGAUCGGAGCAGUACUUUUUUUGUUCUACGACCCGGCGCGAAGUGUGAAGUUUUUUUAGAAAUGGCGUCGGCAGCGGCGGAAUUGGUAGCAGAGAGGGAGCCGGAAUUGAGGAUCGGAAUGACGGAUUCGAACAGGACUUUCGUGGGUGCUCAUGGUCUCGUAAAAAUGGCUUUGGAUCAAUACACAGAGAUUCUCACGACAAUCUCAGAUCCGCGUGUUAAUGACUGGCCAUUGAUGGACUCACCAAUACCGACAGUUCUUAUCGUGCUCCUUUAUAUGUACAUCGUUGUAUUUUUCGGCCCGCGUAUGAUGGCUAAUAGAAAACCAUACAAUCUCAGAAAAGUUCUAAUAGCAUACAACGCGUUUCAAGUUGUCUUCUCGCUAGGAAUGCUUUACGAGCAUUUAAUGUCCGGAUGGCUGUUAGAUUACAGCUACAAAUGUCAACCGGUCGACUAUUCCCACAACCCGUCCGCUUUGAGGAUGGCGAAUCUUUGUUGGUGGUAUUUCAUCAGCAAAUUUACGGAAUUCGCUGACACGAUAUUCUUCGUGUUACGUAAGAAAGACAGUCAGGUGACAUUCCUGCAUUUGUAUCAUCAUUCUCUCACACCUUUGGAGACGUGGAUCUGCGUUAAAUUCAUUGCGGGUGGCCACGGUACUCUAGGCAAUCUUAUAAACAACGCGGUGCAUGUUGUCAUGUACGCGUACUACAUGUUAGCGGCCAUGGGUCCGGAAUAUCAGAAGUUCUUGUGGUGGAAAAAGCAUUUGACCACAGUACAAUUGGUGCAGUUCUUCGUGGUGUUCGUGCACAGCGCGCAGGCUCUCGUCUUCGAUUGUGGUUAUCCGAAAUUAGUGGCGGGUCUGCUACUACUUCACUCGACGAUCUUCUUCGCGCUCUUCUCCGACUUUUACAUAAGUUCCUAUCGUAGAGGAAAACCCGCGAAACAACUCAAGGCUGAAUAGAACACGCACAAAGAGACACAUGGGGAAGAAAAAAAGAGAAUCUUCGUUCCGCCGUUGAACGAAAAUACAUGUCGCGUACUCGUCAAAAUGUGGCACGCUUCAACACUGGUGGCUUCUGACUUCAAAAACCUGCCUUUUUGCGCUCGUCAAUGAAUUAACAAAUGAGAGAGAGAGAGAAAGAGAAAGAAAGAGAAAGACAGAGAGAGAUUAUCUUAGUAAUUAUCGUUUUACUAUUAAAAUCAGUAGAGAAAAACACAUAUUGUGCCGCGGACAAAAUUUUCCAGUCGUUUUCAGCCAUUUUUAAAUUUUCUAAAUAUCGUAACAACUCAAUAUUAAAAAAACGAAGGACUGGAAAAAUUUGACGGGAACCAGGAAUUAUUAUAAUCGAAAAGAAGUUAGAAGAUGAGUUGGUCGGCCAACAGAUUGAUUUUAACGGAGCUCUCUGUUUAUCUGAAAAAAAAAAA